CCAGAGGCAGCAGAACACAGCUUAUCUCCUUUGGUGCUAUUGUUUUCCACAGCGACUGACAACCAUGAACCUGUUCUGCUUCACACUGGAGGGCUCCACAGAAAGCAUUUAUGAGCCGGCGUACAAACAAACACUUGUGGAAGCCAAGCACCAGCACAGUCCCACACUUCUGAGGCACAAAUCUGAGUGGGGCGGCUCGGAUCCUUCCAUCCACUAUAAUAACACCAAAUUAAAAAGGGACUGCAGAAGGUCAUGUGUGCUAACUUCAGCCUUGGAGGAUGAAACAUCAGCUUCCUGUCAGAGCAGUCAAAGAAACGAGACGGUGAAGGAGCUGGUUUCUGAGAAGACACUGGCAGAGACACCUGCUGAGCUCGGUGUAAGUGAACCUGACUCAGCGGAUUCAGCGCAUCCCGCAGGGAGACUGAAGAAGCUGCAAAAUCUGGUGCAAGCGAAGAAGGGACACCACGGCAAAUGUGAGAAAUUCAACAGCCCGCCUGACAAAUACGAUUGUUUGGCAGAGGUGGCGAGAAACAACAACACGGUGCUGACGUGCAUCAGCCUGGGGAGGAGGACCGAGAAGCGGGCCUGUAAAAAGGCGGCCCCUCCCCAGCCGCUGCAGCCCCAGCCCAGCAGGGACGUCCAGAAAGAUGCCCAGGAGGAGGGGGAGGCCUGGGGCCCCAGGAUGGGACAUCACCAGUGGAGGCCGUUCGAGUGCCAGCAGCCGUGGACUCCCUUCUAUCACACCUGCCAGCAGGCGCGGCACGAGCUGUGGACCUGCGGAGGCAGCCUGUCUCUGCCUCGGACCUCAGAGUGGGACCGUUUCGAGAGCCUGAUACAGGAGAUGGACAGCAAACAGUCGGACAUGUGUCUCCCACAGAUGAUCCGCUCCAUCACGGAUCUGCACUUCUCACAGAGCACCAAAAGGCCUGAUCAGAAUAGUGAGCCUAUCAAGCCAAAAGUGCUGAGGAGGGAGAUGGAGACCUCAUCACAAAGUGACAGGAAGCACAUUGAGGCCUCGGCAGAGAAAACACUGACAGCUGUCAGCGACAGAGGCGUGCAGGGAGAUGGAGGAGGGCUGGACAGGGCAGCUGGCUGUGGGAGGGCUUUGACCAAAAGACAGAGGCAGUCCAGAAACUCCCUGGAAAGCCUCUACAGCCUUAAAAGUGGACAGAGUUCCUCCAGCGGAGUGACCAGUGGGUCGGACUGCUCCAGUAACAGAGACAGUCUGAGGCUUGAUGACGAGCUGCUGCUGACCAAACAGCUGUUUGGCAAAGCGAGGGUCCACACAGCAUUUGUGCCAAGUCCAUACGACUCAGAGUCCCUCAAACUCAAGGUGGGAGACGUAAUUGACAUCAUCGCCAAGCCGCCCAUGGGAAUAUGGAAAGGCAUGUUGGAUGGGAAAAUAGGGAAUUUUAAGUUCAUCUAUGUGGAUGUGCUGACAGAGCAGAUCUCUGAGUUCCACCUGCAGAGGGAGCGACACAAAUCAACCGUCAAAGAGGUGUUAAAACACCUCGGUUUAGAGGAGUAUUCCACGUCCCUGCAGUUGAGCGGUUACGAGACCGUGGACGACUUGAUGAGGCUGAGGGAGCACGACCUGGUGGAGCUGAAUGUGAGCAAUCCAGAGCACCGGCAGUGUUUGCUUUUCGCCAUCGACUCCCUGCAGCGGCUGCACUCCGACAGGGAGCUGGAACACGAGGCCAGUCUGGAGCCAAAGAGCACCAGUGAGGACUCGAAGGCGGACAUGAGAGACUCCGGCUGCCUCAUGACCUCCGACAGCCCCGACGGCGGCGAAGGGGACGCAGACCUCCCCUAUCCCCUGGAACAUCUCGUACCAGCAGACACGUAAAUGUCAUGAAAAAAAUAUAUAUUCUUCCCAACGCCAGAUUCUUGUUACAGCAGUUUUUCUUCAUGCCCAUGAAUUUAUGCCCAUGAGUGACAGCGAAAAAAGUCCCAAUGUGUUAUGUAUGUCUGUCAAACCAUUUGCUUUCUGAAAUAAAAGG